GGUUAUGUUUUAUAUCUCGGUGAUGUGACAUUAUUUAAAUUAACAUUACCUAUUAUCGUAUAAUUUUAAAUCAGAUUCCAUUCAAACAUAAUUACAAUCAUGUCGAAGUUCCCAGAUCUUAAAAAUGAUCGUAUUUUAAAAGUUGCCAGGGGCGAAAAACCGGAUAAAUUGCCCAUUUGGAUAAUGCGGCAGGCUGGAAGAUAUUUACCAGAAUUCAUGGAAUUCCGCGAACAACAUUCCUUUUUCGAAAUUUGCCAAACACCGGAACUUGCUUGUGAAGUUACUUUAAUGCCUAUCAGACGGUAUGAUUUAGAUGCUGCUAUUAUAUUCAGUGAUAUACUGGUCAUACCGCAAGCUUUAGGAAUGACUGUUGAAAUGAGACCCGGUGUUGGACCUGUUUUGCCGGAACCACUAACUUCAGAUAAUUUCCAUAAAUUAAACAAAAAUGGUGCUGUUUCAAGACUAAAGUACGUUGGAGAAGCAAUAACAUUAACAAGACAUAAGCUCGAGGGAAAAGUACCACUAUUUGGUUUUUCCGGUGCUCCUUGGACUUUAAUGGGUUACAUGAUUGAAGGAGGUGGAUCAAAAACCCUUAGCAAAGCUAAAAAAUGGCUCUAUAAGGACCCAGAGCUUGCUCAUUUAUUGCUGGAUUUAUUAACUGAAGUAAUUGUGGAUUAUUUGGUGAUGCAAAUAGAACACGGCGCCCAGAUCGUACAAGUUUUUGACAGUAGUGCUGAAUAUCUCAACAAGAACUUGUACACCAAAUUUUGUUUGCCUUACUUGAAACAGAUAUCGACAAAAGUAAAGGAAAAAGUCAAACAGCUCAAUCUAGAGGAAGUGCCAAUGGUACUUUUUGCAAAAGGGGCCUAUUUUUGCUUAGAAGACCAGGCUGAUUUGGGAUAUGAUGUUUUGGGGAUCGAUUGGACAAUGAGUCCAGACUUUGUUAGGGCCUCGCUAAAAGAUAAAAACGUUUCUAUUCAAGGAAACCUGGACCCAUGUGCCUUGUACGCUAAUAAAGAUGAAUUGAAGAACAUGGUGGUAGAUAUGGUUAGAAAAUUGGGAACCGACAGAUUAAUUGUUAAUUUAGGGCAUGGUAUUUAUCCGGAUGCUCCGACAGCGAGCGUACAAACUUUUAUUGAAACAGUUCAUUCAUUUAAUUUAUAAUUUUUUCGUUGAAAAUAUAUUUACGUACAGUUAU